GGAUUUAAUGGGUUACAUAUUGAUGGUUAGAGCUCAGGAGAAAUCACUCAAAGGUAGGAAUUAGUCGUUAAAAUGUGGGCCUAUUUGGGUAUCGCUCUGGCCCUUGCUGUUAAUGCAACAGAUAUUAAAAAUGGCACCGCGGUUGAAGAAAAGCUUGUGAUAGCCAGAGGGAAACUGAUGGCUCCCAGUGUGGUCGGAUGAGGCAUAAAGAAAAUGCCAGAGCUCCAUCAUUUCCUCCUGGAGCGCUCGGCUUUAUACCACAAUUUGGAGUACGAUUCAUCGGAGGAGAAGAAUCCCCGUCUGAUCUUCUAUAAUGAAAAAGAUGAGGUGGUAAAGACUGUUCCAGUGAAGAAGAUGAAGGCAGACGAGAUCAGCAGCCUGUUAGAAUCACUCGGUUUCUACAAGAGGUCCCAGAAAGGGGAAGAGGUGCCAGAGGAGUUCCAGCACUUCCCCCUGCGUGCUAUCAAGGACGAGCUGUGAUGACACCCUGUGGCCAAACAUCGCUACUGCACCAAGGCCGCAUUAAUGACGAGUGGCGCUCCAAGGCCUUGACAUGAAGCCAGGCACCAUUCUGAAGAGUCGCUGGCCGUGUGCAGCGUGCAGUGUUAGUCAUUGCUGUGUCACUGUGUUCAUAUGCUAGAUUAAAAUUUAAAGGCUGUAAAAUACAAAUAAAAUGAUAAUGACUGUGUGGAUUAAUCCAUUUAGUGUGCCUGCUUUCAUACAUUCUAUACCGUUAUGGUAUAUGGAAAACAAAGCAGAACAUAGGGAAUGUUUACGCAGAAAUCUAAAUGACAUUUAUCCAUACAGGGCGACAGCUUUACAGGUGUUUAAAUUAAUUAAUUUCUGUAUUUGAAAAGUCACCUUGUAAAUGAAUCAACAUUAAACACAUGUUUAUGUAA